UGGGACGGAGCUAAAACUGUAAGGUAAAGUUACCUAGCAACCCUAAAUGGACACCAUCCCCAAAGUUCUCCUGGACCACCUGGAGGAGCUGGUCAAAGCUGAUCUGAAGAGCUUUAAGUGGCACCUGACUGAUGGAGUCCUCCACGGCAUUGCCCACAUUCCGAGGGGCAAACUGGAGAACUGUGAUGCUCAGGACACUGUGGAUAAGAUGAAGCAGUACUACGGCGCAGAGGAUGCUGGGAAAAUUGCUGUGCGUGUUUUGAGAGAGAUGAAAGAGAACAAUCUGGCUGGGAAAUUGCAGAGUAAACUGACUGAAAUGGGAGUAAAGUUUGAAGAUGAUGCUGGAGCUCCAUCCUCUACCCCACCUCAGGCUGCCUCUACCCAAGGUCCUCAGGGGUCCACCCAAGGUCCUCAGGGGUCCACCCAAGGUCCUCAGGUGUCUAUCCGAGCUGAAACAGGAGGCAGUGUGAGGGCUCCUGUGAUCCACGGUGGAGUUUUUCAUGGAGAUGUCACUUUUAAUUAAUAGUAAAUCUUCCCACCAGUAGUGAGUGCUUUAUGGAAUCACACCUAUUUAUUGGAACAGGGGGGAGCCAGUGUUCUCAAAAUGUUCCGCACAUUCCACAGACAUGAAGCGCCUCACAUAAAGUGCGCUAAAAACACAUGUCCAAUGACCUUUUACUAUGUAUACAAAAUAUUCAACGUGAAAU